GAUCCUCAUCCAGAAUACAAUCUUUUUGGAACUAUUGUCCACUCAGGCUUUUCCCCGGAUUCAGGGCAUUAUUAUGCAUAUAUCAAGGAUGCUGUGGGUCGUUGGUACUGCUGUAAUGAUUCUUUUGUUUCUCUUUCAACCUUGCAAGAAGUGUUGUCAGAGAAGGUGUACAUCCUUUUCUUCUCUCGUACCAAGCAGAGGUCACCACCCACCAAGACAUGUUUAUCAGUUAAUGGGUCAAAGUCCAAUCAUUCCAAUGGCUUGGCUAGAUCCAAAAUCUCGACCUGUGACUUAGCAAAACCGGAAAAUGGCAAACACCUUUUAGGCCACCCCUCUGAGAAAGAAAAUGUAAUGAUUUCUAAGGUCAGUAAAGUGCAUACGAGCCCAGUGAGGGAGUUGAGCAUAUUUGAAAGAUCUUCCAUCAAGAAGAUACCUACUUCUGGGAAUAUCAAAAUUAUUGUUCAUCAAAGAGAAUCUGACAAUAGAAAUGGUGACGUGAGAGCAUCAGUUCUUACAGAGAAAGAGGUUACAUCAUUGCCAGGCAGGAACGGUAUUAGGAAAAGUUGUGGUAAUGGCCAGAUGACAAGAUCACAUGUCUUGACAAAUGGAAAUGGGAAACUUCCGAGUGUAGCAACCAGCUCUGUAGCAGACGGUCCCCAUAAAGAUAAUGGUUUGAGUAAUGGAAAGACUGCAGGAAGGGAUUCAUCCGCCAAAGAGGCAAAUGGAAAUGGCAAAAUCCAGAGUGUCGCAACUAAUCCCUUGAGGGGAAAUGUGCAUAAAAAUAAUGGGGAGAAUGAUGAAAAGGCAGCUGAGCGGACUUCUGUACAAAAGGAGAUGUCAAAUGGCCAUGUUGAAUCCUCUUCUAUCUCAGGUUCAAAGAGAAAAUUACCAGAUGACUGCAUCCUGCUUGAGCAAGAUGCUCAGUCUCGUGCGAAGGUGGAAGAAUUAAAAAAGGAGCUUCAUAAGGAGGCUUCAUUAGUUUUAAGAACGUGUGGUUGGUCAGAAGAAGUCUAUGCUUUUAUGCAUUCCAAGAAAUCGGGGGCACAAGCAGGCAAUGAAGCAUCAGACUUUAAUGUGAAGAAGAGGUUAUUAAUUGCAGAUGCCAAAUCAAUGUUUAUCUCACGAAUUCCUGAAUCAUUGAAGGGUAGUCUUAUUAAACGCCUAACAUCAAUUAGUCAGGGAAAACCACCCUCCAGUACUUAAGCACUCGCACAUGGUAGGUGCAGAAGCAUAGUGGUCUUUUCAGGUUUCGAGGUGCAAAAAUUAUGAGCCUUGGUGGUCAUUCAGUUGCUUUGUUUAUGGUCCCAUUUUUUACGUGAAUUAUACAUUUGACAAUUUUGCAGUCCAUCGACAGUGGUGCUGAUUUGCUUGGUCUGUAUUUUUUGUCACUCGGAGAUGUGAUGUUAGUUUGUGGUAAUGUGGUUGCGAAUGGAUUGCUAGUGCAGUAUAUACCAUGGUGGAGAAGGUAGCAGAUGAUAAGUUAGUCUUUGAUUUUGUUCACUUCGCCAUGAAGUGUCCGAAAGGUGUUCUCUGUGUCCUAUCAGUUAAAAGAGGAAAUCAAAGCACUAACAUCGUAUUCUGGUUGAGAUUUUCCUUGUGAGACAGGAGUCUGCGGAUAGAACACACAAAUUCUAUUCGUGCCGCACGACAUGCCCUUUUUGGCCUUAGUUGAGCAUGUAUUCCUCAUUUUUAUGGAUGCUUAACAAUUUUUCCAUAAAAUUGUGGUCGGGUUGUAUUCUUGUCUAGAGUUGAGGUUUUACUUUUAAACAGACAUGAUACUACCACUAGAUAAUUGUUAAGGUAAUUCCAUAUUCAUAGUUUUGUAAUCCAAAUUUCUUAUACGUACUGCUUUCAUAUGUUCCUCGUC